GUUUCUGUAAGGUUUUAAUCAGAGAGAGACUUCUUCCCACUGAAUAGAACUUAGUAAUCCAAUGGCGGACAAAUUCAAAAUUGUAAAUGGACUUAACGAAGAUAGUGACGAUGACGAAGGGUUGGAACAGAAGCUUGAUGAAGAUUGGGAGGAUUGGAAAACUGAUGAAGAAUACGAAGCAGAAGAAUUUAUCUGUUUGUUCUGUGAUGAAAAGUACAAAUCCAUCGAAUCUGUUUUCAAAUAUUGUAGCUCUAAUCAUUCUUUUGAUUUUCAAAGUAUAAAGAAAACAUUAAGCUUGAAUUUUUACGAUUCCUUUAAGCUCAUCAAUUACGUCAGGUCUCAGGUAGCAGAAAAUCAAGGUUGGAGUUGGAGUUGUUUGGAGAAUGAAAAGCGAUGUUGGGAAGAUGACAAGUAUCUGAAACCUUUCAUGAAUGAGGAUUCCUUAUUGCACAACUUCUGGGAGGAUGAAGAUGAUGAGGAAGAAGAUUAUGCAAUGGCGGUUGAUAAAGAGGAAAUACUGAUGGAGCUAGAAAACAAUCAAGAUGUUGAAAUGAAUCAGCUCAUGGAUGAGGACAUUAUGGAUGUGGUUCCUUCUAGUAAGGAAAAUGGAAGCGAAGACAGAUUCCCAGAGUCAAAUGGGUCUUUGGACAUGUUAAGAUCAUUGGAGAAGGUCACACUUAAUGGUGGAGUAGCUGGUAAAGAUAGUGAAUCAUCUAAUAAUAAGGAAAAGCGUAAGCUUGGGAAGGUUUCUUUUGCAAAUGUUGUUGCAAAGGAAAUCAAGACUGUAAAUGAGAAUUAUUUUGGGGCAUAUGGCAAAUUUGGCAUCCAUAGAGAGAUGAUCAGUGAUAAGGUGAGAAUGGAUGCUUAUAGAGGAGCAAUCUUGAAUAAUCCCUCUCUCAUGAAUAAUGCGACUGUUAUGGAUGUUGGUUGCGGUACUGGAAUACUAAGUCUGUUCGCAGCCCAAGCAGGGGCUUCAAGAGUGUAUGCAAUAGAAGGCAGUGAAAAAAUGGCCUCAGUGGCUACUCAGAUUGCCAGAGAAAAUGGAAUGUUAUAUGAUGCAAACUCAAGUGCUGGUAAUGAGCAUUGCACUGGAGUAGUCAAUAUAGUUCAAGGCAUGGUUGAAGAGCUUGACAAAGUGGUGCAAAUUCCACAUCACAGUGUCGACGUAUUACUAAGUGAAUGGAUGGGAUAUUGUCUCCUCUAUGAAACGAUGCUUACCUCAGUGCUUUAUGCCCGUGAUCGCUGGUUAAAACCAGGUGGUGCCAUUCUCCCUGACACUGCAACUAUUUUCGUAGCAGGUUUUGGAAAAAGUGGAACCAGCAUCCCAUUCUGGGAAAAUGUUUAUGGUUUCAAUAUGUCUUGCAUUAGUAAGGAGGUUGUAGAGGAUGCUUCAGAAAACCCUAUAGUUGAUGUGCUGGACAGUCGCGAUAUAGUGACCCAAAAUACUAUUCUCCAGGCUUUUGAUUUGGCAACUAUGAAGGCUGAAGAGAUGGACUUUACGUCAAGCUUCGAGUUGGAGGCGAAGUCAGAUCUUUCAUUGACAGAUGGAAAUGCCAAAUCAACUCGGUGUUAUGGAGUGAUCCUUUGGUUUGAGACUGGUUUCAGUAGCAGAUUCUGCAAGGAAAUGCCAACGGUCCUCUCUACAUCACCUUAUACUCCUAGUACACAUUGGUCCCAGACUAUAUUCACAUUCCGGGAACCAAUUGCAUUGGCACUUGCAAAACCCGAAGCCGACGGAAUGGCAAAAAUCGGAACUGAAUCUUACCCCGCUGCAAAAAUCCAAGCACGCAUCAGCAUUGUUCGUGCAGCGGAGCAUCGUAGCAUUGAUAUAUCCUUGGAAACUUCUGCAGUCGGUGUAGAUGGUCGAAAACAAAGUUAUUCUGUUCAAAUCUUUAAUCUAUAAACAAUUUAGUUCCUGUUUGUUAAUACACAGAUGAGCUUCCUAUAAGUUUCAAAGGGUAAUUUAAUGGUAUUUUUUUGGAAGUGAGUUGCAUCUGUGUAUUCCUCCAGGUUCUGAUGUGCAGAUUAAGAUUUUGUUGUUGCGACUUGAGUUACUCCUUACUUUCUAGUAAAAUUUUGAUGGACAUUUAAGCA